CGACGACACCCGGCUUGUCCGGAAGACAACGGCAGAUUGCGCUUAGAGUUUCUAAUUGGAUGAAAACAAGGGGGCAGACAGGCACACUGGGUGCUACCAAUUUGUUCUGCCUUCCAGUCGCAGCCGGAGGAAGCAGCAGAACGAAGCAGUCACAAGCGAGAAGAGCUCGAGUACCAGACAUGAAGGGCCGCUGGCUUCGAUCACCACACAUUUUGCUUUUCUUCGCCGGCAUUAUUUUCUGUCUCUCCUCAGCGGAAGGUGACUACUGUGAAGUUAACCUCUGCCUUAAUGGAGGAACUUGUGUGGGAAGCAUUACUGAUGAUCCUUUUUUCUGUGUCUGUAUGGAUGGCUUUUCUGGAGUCACCUGUGAAAAGAAUGUCAGCGGCCCAUGCAACCCUAACCCAUGCCACAACGAUGGAGAAUGUGAAGAAAUGUCAGGUCCUCGCAGGGGAGAUGUUUUCAGCGAGUAUAUCUGUAGGUGCAAAGAGGGUUAUACUGGUGUACACUGCCAAAACAAUGUAAAUGAGUGUCUGACACAGCCUUGCAAGAACGGAGGCAUGUGUCAGGACCUGGAUGGAGAAUAUUCUUGCAAAUGCCCUUCACCUUUCAUGGGAAAGCACUGUCAAAUGCGCUGUGUGUCUUCCCUUGGAAUGGAGGGAGGUGUGAUCUCUGAAUCUCAAAUCACUGCUUCUUCAGUACACUAUGGUUUUCUAGGAUUGCAGCGCUGGGGACCUGACUUGGCUCGUCUUAACAACAAGGGAAUUGUUAAUGCUUGGACAUCCGCCACCCAUGACAAGAGUCCUUGGAUACAGGUGGACUUUCAGCAUAAAAUGCGAAUCACUGGCAUAAUUACACAGGGUGCUAGUCGGAUUGGCACAGCAGAGUUCAUUAAGAACUUCAAAGUGGCUUCAAGCUUUGAUGGGAAAACGUUCACCAUGUACCGUGCUGAGGGCCAGAACAAAGACACUGUUUUCAUUGCCAAUGUGGAUAAUGAUGGCUCAAAGACUAAUUUAUUUGAUCCACCCAUCAUUGCACAGUACAUCCGCAUCAUUCCUACAGUGUGUCGCAAGGCCUGUACACUACGCAUGGAGCUGAUUGGUUGUGAGCUAAAUGUGUAUUUAAACACGGCAGGUUGCUCUGAUCCCUUGGGUAUGAAAUCCCGCCUGAUCACCGACACACAGAUUACUGGCUCUAGCGCCUACCGCACCUGGGGUAUUGAUGCCUUUACAUGGCUUCCACAUUUAGCUCGCUUGGACAUGCAAGGCAAAACUAAUGCUUGGACUGCACUUCACAAUAACAGGACAGAAUGGAUUCAGGUUGACCUUCAAACAUCAAAACAAAUUACUGGAAUUAUUACUCAAGGAGCAAAGGAUUUUGGCACUGUGCAGUUUGUCUCUGCCUUUAAAGUGGCUUACAGUAAUGACGGGGAGUCCUGGAUUAUCAUCAAAGACACAAACAAAACGGAAGAUAAAAUAUACCAAGGUAAUGUUGACAACAACACCCAGAAGAAGAACCUGUUUGAUCCACCUAUUAUUGCCCGAUUUGUUAGAAUCAUCCCUUGGACAUGGCAUAAUAAAAUCACACUACGUAUGGAAUUGCUUGGCUGUGAUGAAUAGAUAAGAGUUUUACUUUCUUCACCUGCCAGACACUGAGUUCUGAGUAUAAAUUCAGUAUCUCAACUUAAAAGUUGACCAGUUACAUUUUUGUCUUUUAAUUGUAAAAAAUACUAUUACAUGUAAGAGCUUUACAAAAAGUGGCAUCACUGGUCUAAGUUUUGAGCUAGGGAAGAUCACAAAAUAUCAAGAAUCAGUGAGGUGAUAGCUAAUUUUUGGGAUUCUGAGUAAUUCUUUCAGCUCAGUAUUACACCAGUGAUGCCAUCUGUCCACUCUCUCUGACAAUUAAUAUGACAAUUGCUGCAGUAUGAAUUGAUGUCAUUUUUUUUAAAGCACCCACAUGAAAGUGUACUUUUCACUAUUAAAAGACUGAAGAAAAUGUCUGUUUAAUUGUGCAAUGCCUGCCAUCACAUAACUUAAGAAAAUAUAUAACAUUCAAUUCUUAUCUUAAUAAUGUGUGCAUUAUCAGGACUUGACUGAUAACAAGUUUAAAUAUGUACAACAUAUGUACCAGAAACAUGUGGCACCCUGUUCACUAAGAAAAUGAUACAGCACACAAGAAUGCAAAUAAAUGUAUCAUAUUGCAUUUGUUAGUGAAUGCUAGGUUUUAGAAUUCUGGGAUAACAUUAAUCAUUACAUGAUCUUGCAUUUCUUUUGUCAUAUCUGAAUUUCUAGUGCACUACUUCCUACAAAUAUUUGGUUAAGACUUACAUUUUUAAAGUUAACUUUAAUUUAAUUAUGUUUUGAUCAAGUAGUGAAAAAUUAUGUUCUACCUUAGUAAAACUUAAAUAUGUCACUAGAUUUAGCUGUCCUUGGAGAUACAGAAAACAUACUGUAAAUGUGCAUCUAUCUUGUUGAAUCAGGCUAAAUCUUCACACCAAAAUUUAACUCCUGAGAAUUACAGGUUCUGCAAACACUUAUCUAAUACUUUGAACUUGCAGUGUUUUGUUUUUCUUACACUUCUUUUGUUAGAUGGUAUAAUAAUACAAUUACAUCCACAGAUUAAUAAUGAAAAUUUGUACUGCACAAGGGUUUGUGCAGAAUUUGAUACAUUUUACUGAAUGGAGGCAAUCUAACAUACUGUAUGUAGAAAUCUCAAAUCUUGUUUAACUCUUGUAUAACCCUUUUUCUGAUUUAGUAAGUGCAAUAUUUCAUCACAUAUUUCUGUAACUUUUCUGUUGUGCAUUUAACUUCAUAGAAGAUUUUAUUACAAAAAAGAGACUAUCAUUUACCAAUUUCACACCAUCUCAGUACAAUAUAAUGUGGUGGUUAUAGUAUCUGCCCACAACCUCUUUCUCAUCCAGCAAUUUUAAUUGGCUUUAUUAUCCAUAGCUACUGCUAUCCUGCUUGUUUCAAGGCCCUUUAUGGCAAUUAAUCUGGAUUGGACUGUUUGACCUUAAAGCUCUUUAAUAUUUUAAGGCCUCUGUUUGUUUUUCAACAUUGUCACUACAAAAUUAGCUUUGUUGAAAUAGUUUGUUUAGGAUGGCAUCACACAGUUGUAAAAUUAUUUGGGAGUUUUAUUUGUUAUAUUUUUAUUGUGUGAAAAUGUAAGUCUUGCAAUAAAAGCUUACAAACUAAUCCAA